AUGCACAAUUUUGCUUUAUUUUGGGGUAACCUGCGAUUAGAGCGUGUGAGGAAAAUACUAGCACUUGUUCCACCACAAGAUGCUUCUUCCAGUGAUAAUAGCGAAGAUGGUAAUGAGGUCAAUGUACUAACUGAUAAUACUGAAUAUAGUUCCGAUCCCCGCUCAUUAGAUUCCUCGUUUGAGCGACUUAAUAUUUUAGAAAUUGAUGAGAUUUUGCCGGAAGAUUUAAUACCAUCCACACCCGCUAUAAGUGAAGUACUUGCUACACACACUCCACCACAAGAUCUGCCUGCACUGCAAUCCAUUUCUUGA